AUGAACGAACUAAUGAACACAUAUUACAAGAAAACGGUGGUACCGAUAGGAGAAGUAUACGGCGUACAAGGUACCGAUUACACCAACGACUUCAGCUCCUCGGAGGAAGAAGACAAUUGCAAUUAUGGCAACACGUACGAACAAAACUACGUGGCCGAAGAAAUGCAAAAAUACGCUUCCACGUCCAAAGAGAUUCGUAGCGCGAUGACUGAAGUAGAAGGAGUCGAAGGCAUGGAUUACAGAAACAACCCGUUAAACGUGUACUCCACGUAUAAUUUCAGCACGACGGCAGUGAAGAAGGAGCUACCGAUCGAUUCUUUCCGCAAAAAAAUUCUCGAUUUGGUGGAGAUCAACAACGUAGUGAUAAUCCAAGGCCCCACGGGCUGCGGCAAAACCACCCAAGUGCCUCAGUUUAUCGUGGACCAACAGCGCGAAAGAAACGAAUACUGCAACAUCGCCGUGACGCAGCCCAGGAAAAUAGCCACCAUCAACGUAGCGAAGAGAGUGUGUGAGGAAAGAGGCUGGUCAUUGGGAACCGUUUGCGGCUACCAGGUAGGAUUGGAAAAGAGAAUUUCGCCCGAUAUGAUUCUAACUUACAUGACGACCGGCGUACUCCUGCAAAAACUCAUCAAAUCCAAAAGUCUGCAGCAAUUCACCCAUAUUAUCGUAGAUGAAAUACACGAACGGAACCAGGAAUUAGAUUUCUUGCUGUUGCUUAUAAGGAGAUUUUUAAACACGAAUUCCAUUCGUACCAAAGUCAUUCUUAUGUCGGCUACCAUCGUAGCAGAAGAGUUUGCCUACUAUUAUCGCUCGCACACCAUGGACAAAGUUUACCCAGCUCCCGUCAUACAUAUCACCAAGGAAAACCAAUAUACCAAAACUAUAUUUUACUUGGACCAUCUCCAAUCAGCCAUGGGCCACACUCACGUUUCGGUGCCGGAAUUGGAUAUCGAUCAACCGAUCAUAACCGAAAGCAUUUGGAAAAUCUUCACCUACUUAAUAACGGUGUUUUACAAACUGGAUCCGAUCGACUUGGCGACUAACCAACCUCUCAUCGGUAGCGUGUUGGUGUUCCUGCCCGGCAUACACGAGAUCGAAGAGGCCAACAAGCACCUCCGGGAACACGAGGCGAAGAUGCGCGAGGAGGCCGGUCAAAAGGACGCCGCGCCCAUACAAUGGGACAUCGUUCCGUUGCAUUCGUCUCUGCCCACCGACGAUCUCGCCAAGGCUUUUCGACCGGCCAAACCGGGCCAUCGAAAGAUCAUACUCUCCACCAACAUCGCCGAGAGUUCCAUUACUGUACCGGAUACCUAUUUCGUUAUCGAUUUCUGCAUGACCAAAGUACUGACAGUGGAUCCGGCGACUAAAUUUAUGAGCUUAAAGCUGGAAUGGGCGUCGCACGUCAAUUGCGACCAAAGAGCCGGUAGAGUGGGAAGAAUAGGCGACGGUAGAAUAUACCGAUUGGUCCCGAAAAUUUUCUAUCAGCGAAAGAUGCAAUCGAAGAGCAUACCGGAGAUUUUGAGGGCACCUUUAGAGAGAGUGGUGCUCCAAUCGAAGAUGUUGGAAUUGAACGAAACGCCCCAACAAAUUCUCGCAUUGGCCAUGAAUCCUCCGAAUCUUAAUAACAUAAGGAACACGAUUCUCAGUUUAAAAGAGAUGGGAGGAUUGCUGUUGACUUGCAGGAAAAAAUACACUCCGGCCGACGGCGAUUUGACGUUUCUGGGCGUCAUCAUGGCCAAUCUACCGAUCGAUAUACAUUUAUCGAAAUUGAUAGCGCUGGGACAUCUGUUCGGUUGCCUCGAUGAGACCAUUAUAAUCGCGGCCGGUUGUUCGAUCCAAAACAUCUUCUCCAUACCGUUCCAAGAGCGAUUCAGCGCCUACAGGAAGCUUUUGUUGUGGGGCGACGGUUCCUUCAGCGAUCUCAUCGCCUUGCUCAAUUUGUACCGGGUGUGGCAGGCCUGCAAGAGGGACAACAAAUUCGAUAGCUCCGACUCGGAGCGUCGCUGGUGCAGGACGAACUUCGUCAGUUUGAAGGGCCUGCGCGAAUGGAGCAUGCUGGUCGACGAGAUCACGCAGAGGCUCGAGCGCAUCAAAGUCAAGAAUUUGCCCAGGCAGCGGCAUUUACAGCACGACGAAGGACCGUUGAUACUUAAAAUUAUAACGGCGGGAGCCUUUUACCCGAAUUUCUUCAUUCGAAUACCGAAAUCUGACACGACUGAGAAAGACGCCGUGAAAAUUGUGGCCGGUCGCAGCCCGUACAAUACCGUUUACUUGACCGGAAUGGAUCACACGCAACCGGGGCCGCUCUACAUUAGAGCCAUCAAGGCUCUGUUGGCCAACGACAACGACAUCGAGACGGGCAUGUCGGUGGGUUUCGACGGUAGCAGUAAGAUCUACGUGGAGUUCAAGCGGUCUACCGAGCAUCACACCCUAUCGGUGGACGGUAGACAGUUGAUCGCCGAUACCAUUACGGGCAGGAUUCCUAAGGAAGUGUACGAGGCGGUCAGGAAGAGGCAGUUGCAGUACAGGAUGGAGCUCAAAUUAUUGCCUAACAAAGAAGCGUGGAAAUUCGCCAACGACAACGGUUUAAAAAUGGAGAACUCUCUCGUACCAUCGAACGAACUGUUUCCCAGCGCCAGUACGUUCCAAGAACAGAACUGUUAUUCCGAAUGCGAUUAUUCCCCCAUGCCGACGCUGGACACCCAAUGGAUCGAAUUGAAGAUAACGGAGUUUGUAGACGCCGGUCAUUUCUGGGCGAACCGUUUGGAAUGCGAAACCCACCUGGCGAGAUUGGAAGAAAUAAUGAACAAGACCUACUUGCAUUCCGUCGUAUCAUUGGAGAAAAAAAUACAAACCAACAAGCUGUACGCGGCGAGGUUCAACGAAGACGGCAUGUUUUACAGAUGCGAAGUGCGAUUCAAAGAUAACCUAUUCGCUCGGGUACUGUUCGUCGACUACGGUAACAUGCAGCAAGUACCGUUGGGCGAAAUCUACGAAUUGCCCGACAGAUCGGAGUUCAAGAUGCCCCCGAUGGCGCUCGAAUGCGUCCUCUACGGCAUCCAGCCGGCCCCGAAGCACAAUCCCAAAGGCAUUUGGUCGGAGAGGUGCAACGAGCAUUGCAAACAACAAACCAUGAACAUACUGCUCUACGGUAACGUUCACUCGGUCGUGGAUAAUAUCGUGUACGUGAUUUUGUACAAGCAAGACCCCAAUCUCAGGAUCGGCGUAAAGUCUAUUAAUCAAAUGAUGAUAGAACAAGGGUACGCUCAAAGAGCCGAAGGAAGCUUUCUAUGCGUGGAGGAUCACAACAAAAGAAUGGUGGUGAACAAUUCGGAGAAUCCAGUCCGAGAAGCCGUAAGGUUGAGCUACGAUAACAGAGUGCGCAAUUACGAAGACUUCGAAGCCCCGAAACUAUCCAAAAACCACGUAACCGUUAAUUUGAAAGGACCUUUCAGUCCUUUGGAGAUGACCGUGUACGGUUGCAUGGCGAGUUCCAGCAGCAAAAGCGUCUCCAUCGAAUCCUCGUCAAUAAACACAGUAUUAUUGGACAACCAACCGCAGGACUAUCACUCCAGGUUAUUGGUGGCUGGUUACGUGAGCCAAACGGCGGAAGGGGGCCGCUUGAAGUUGCGCCAAACGACGCUGAUGCCGAACGUGCGCGGUCUACCGAUGGUGUUGGCGUUGCUGUUUUGCCCGACGAUGAGGCCGGCGCUGACGGCGGACGGUACGGGAGUGGCCUCGAUCCUCUGCGGAUUGGGCUACGAUAAAUUCACCAACCGGGCGUAUUACGCCUCGCACGAUCUGGUGUUGGAACUGGAUACCGAAUUGACGGAGGACGAGAUUAAUAAGAUAAAUCGAGUUCGUUAUUACCUCAAUAGGGGGAUGAAAGCGAUGGAGGAAAUAUCGUACGAUCGAGCCGGUGAGAACGAGAUUUUGAAAAUCCAACAAACUCUCAAAAAGGAACUAGUAGAACUGAUAUACAUCGAACGAGUGCCAACAGAGAGAAGAUACGCCAAACAUCCGAAUGAUUGGGCUAAAAUUAAUUAUUCCACGAUGGAACUCAAACCGAACGUGUCUAAUGAUAAUGACGUUUGGCCGUUGUUGUGGUUCGUGAAAUUGGCUGAAAAUAAGGAUCCCCUUGGGGUGCAAGUUAAUUUGGCUGCUAUGGACGAUAUGAUGAGAGGGGUGCUUCCUUAUCAAGAGAUUACUUGCAAAUUGUGCAAUGAAGAUUUGUGUUUUGUAAGCGACAUUCGUCGGCAUAUUAUGACAAAAGAGCACAUCGAAAGAGUGGCCAUUUUCUCUCACGAUCUUAACAUUCUUAACCAAGAAGAGUAA